CUGUUCCACCUGAGUGUGUUGUACAUGUUCACAUCUACGAGCUUGUUUUUCUCUUGUUCCAGUAUCUUCAGGGUAACAGAUUUGUUCGAGGCUGCAGGAUGGCGGGAUCCGGACUCCAGCCGUUGAAUUUUUUCUUGAUUCUGUUUCCUUUCCUCCUUUCUUUGGCUGUUGUUACAGUGCGGAUGACGAAGAAGAUCAUUCAGACACACUCACUCGCAAUUGAGGACUGGUUGAUUGUGAUCGCUGAAGUGUUACUCGCGGCACUCACAGCCGGCGUCUGGAAGAUUGUGCUGGUAUCUUACUCCGGAUACCAUGCUGCUGACAUUCCGAAGGGGGCUGUCGACAUUAAGGAGGUGCUCCUAUGGCGGUUCAUCAACAACGUCAUGUACAAUCCGAUUCUGGGGCUCGUCAAGAUCUCCUUUUGUAUAACGCUACUCAAGCUACGCUCGCCAAAGAUGUGGGCGAAGAUAUCGCUGUGGUUCCUGAUCGGAGUCAAUGCGGCCUUCAUCAUUGCUGCCACUGUUGGGCACAUCUUCUCGUGCAACCCAAUCGAGAAGGCAUGGGACAAAACGGUACCGGGCAAAUGCAUAGAAAGGAAACCAUACAUCUAUGGUGUCAUUGGUACGACUAUCGGUACUGAUGUAUUGGUUACACUGAUUCCAGCCGCGCUCCUACACGACUUUCACAUGUCACGCCGCAGCAAGAUCAGCGUCAUUAUAUUCCUAUCCCUUCCUCUCGCCGUCACCGCCAUCGCUAUCUACCGCCUGCAGAAUUUCGUCGUUGUGCUCAACUUGCCACCGGGCCAGGUCGAAAACCCUUACAAUGUGCGCAACUCGCUGUCGAACAUCGAGUCCAAUCUGGGGGUACUGGCUGCUUGUGGUCCAACCAUAAAGUGGAUACUAGGCCGUAUAUUUCCGUGCUUUGAGACUGGUUCAACGCGUCCAUCGAAACAAUACAACUACGCAACCAGCAAGCCGAGUCGCCUGCAUCCAUCAAAUCAUGGUUACCAGAAGAGCGAAGACAUUGAGCUCACGAUGACGCCGAAGGACUAUGGGCAUACAACUGCAUAUGGAAAAGCAGGCAGAGAUGAUGAUGCUCGCAGUGACGAGCAAGUCAUCAUCAAGGGCGGUGUGCAUAAGACAGUGACGGUGGAAUGGAGUACUAGAUGA